CGGUGCUUGGUGUUGGUUUGGACGUCGUCGUGGGGCAAGAUGGUCUCGAGACUCGGAGAUUUCGAACGUAUUUUUUACUUUUUUGCCGUUUUAUAAAUAAAGGAGCUUAGUUUGGAUUGACCGUCUUGUACAAUAAUGAAUCGGAAACUGAAAAGAGAAUCCGAAUGGAUGCUGCUCGCCAUUACUCUUUGUUUAUUGGAUUGGUCCUCCGCUCAGAUUUCCUACUCGGUCUCCGAGGAGGUGGACAAAGGGACAGUGGUCGGGAAUAUUGCAAAGGAUUUACACGUCAGCGCACAGCAACUGGAGCAACGGGGAUUUCGAAUUGUGUCUGGACACAGUAAGACGUAUUUUGAAGCCAAUUUAAAAACAGGAGCGUUAUUUGUAAGCGACAGGAUCGACCGCGAAGAGCUUUGUCCUAAUACACCCAAGUGCCCCUUAAACAUACAGGGAAUCCUGAGCGAUCCCAUGAACGUAUAUCGCAUUGAAGUAAACAUCCUGGAUAUUAAUGAUAACGCACCGGUAUUCUCAGAGAAAAUUCAUGUGUUCAAUAUAUCUGAAUCAUCCUCCACGGGGGAAAGAUAUCCUCUCCCAGCAGCUCACGACGCAGAUACUGACAUCAAUUCAGUCAAAACCUUUAAAAUGAGUCCAAAUGAGUAUUUUUCGAUCGAUGUCAGCAGCAGCCGUGGCAGCGUGUCUGCCGAGUUGGUUCUGCAAAAAGCUUUAGACAGAGAAAAGCAACCCACAAUGAAACUGACCCUGACAGCUGUGGACGGAGGAAAACCUUUGAAUUCUGGCAGCAUGCAAAUUCUCGUAAACGUGAUAGAUGCUAAUGAUAAUUCGCCUUUGUUUAGUAAUUCGCUCUAUAAAAUAAGUGUCAGCGAAAACAUACCGUUGGGCACAACAAUAUUAAAAUUAAAUGCAACUGAUUUAGACGUGGGUCCGAAUGCAGACAUCACAUAUUUUUUAAUGGGAGGGGGAACGGCAGACUCUUCUAGAAAAUUCAGUGUUAUUCCGGAGAGCGGCGAAAUGAUUGUCAAAGCUGAUUUGGAUUACGAGGAAAGUGAUGUAUAUGAAUUAAGAGUGCGCGCAACAGAUCAAGGCGCGUCCCCAAGGAGUGGUUACGCCAAGGUGUUGCUCGAGGUUGUUGAUAUUAAUGACAAUGCACCAGAAAUCUCGAUAACGUCCAUGAUGAGUACUGUGCAGGAAGAUGCGGCAGUUGGAACAGUCGUUGCUUUGGUAACAGUGAGCGAUAAAGACGGAGGCUCGAAUGGCCUCACUAGCUGUAAAAUCCAAGACGACGUCCCAUUUAAAUUAACGUCAAACUACAAAAACUAUUAUUCAUUAAUAAUUGACGGUCCUCUUGACAGAGAGACUGUAUCCGUUCAUAAUUUGACUAUCACUGCUGUAGAUGAAGGAAGUCCAGCGCUCACUAGUACUGCUGUUGUCUACGUGUAUAUUUCUGACGUCAAUGACAAUGCGCCUAAAUUUCCAGACGGUGAUAUCAAUGUGUAUCUGAAAGAGAACAGUAAAGUUGGACAAAUAAUCACAAAGGCAACAGCGCAUGAUGCGGACGCAAGCGAAAAUGCUAAAAUUACUUAUUCCUUAAGUGAUACAAGUCCCGCUAAAACACAGCUUUCAACUACUUUACAUAUAAACAGAGACACAGGUGAAAUUAGUGCACUGCAAUCUUUCAACUUUGAGGAGUUGAAAGCAUUGCAGUUUAAAAUUCAGGCCACAGAUUCUGGUAAUCCUCCACUUAGCAGCAACGUUACAGUACACGUUUUAAUCCUGGACGAGAAUGAUAAUAAUCCAACUAUUUUAGCUCCGUAUUCUGAGGACGGCUCUGUUAACAGUGAGACCAUCCCUUAUUCUGCUGAAUCUGGAUACUUUGUAGCAAAGAUCAGGGCUGUGGACGCAGAUUCUGGAUACAACGCGCUGCUUUCUUAUCACUUGUCAGAGCCGAAAGGAAACAACCUGUUCAGGAUCGGAACCAGCACUGGAGAAAUCAGGACUAAGAGGAGAAUGAGCGACAAUGACCUGAAAACUCACCACUUGUUGGUGUUAGUUUCUGAUAAUGGAGAACCUUCUCUGUCAGCCACUGUUUCUAUUGAUGUGAUGGUGGUUGAAAGCACAGCUGAUGUCCAGACUCAGUUCAGACAUGUGCCUAUAAAGGAGGACAACUUCUCUGAUUUGAACUUGUAUCUACUGAUCGCCAUCGUGUCAGUGUCUGUGAUCUUUCUGCUGAGUCUCAUCAGUUUAAUAGCUGUCAGAUGCCACAGGACAGACAGUGAUUUCAGCAGGUACAGCGCCCCCAUGAUCACCACCCACCCUGACGGGAGCUGGUCUUACUCUAAAGCUACUCAGCAGUAUGACGUGUGUUUCAGCUCAGACACACUGAAGAGUGACGUAGUGGUUUUCCCCGCACCGUUUCCACCUGUAGAUGCUGAACUGAUCAGUAUUAACGGAACAGACACUUUUACCAGAACUCAGACUUUACCAAACACAGACAAGGUGAGUUUAUUUUGGUCACAAGUAUUUUGUGUAAAAGGAAUUUGCAAAAAAUAUUUUAAAUAAUAUUGUUGUGUCUACCACUAGGUGGUGUACGAGAAUAGGCUAGAGAGAAGAAGAAGAAGAGAUAAGAUGG